AUGCACCCUAUAUUCCCUUAUGAUUAUGAAAGAAUAACAAUUGCACCUUAUUGUAUUUCGACGCCUUCAUCUACAAUAAAUUCAAACUAUACUCAACAAUAUACAUUUGAAGAACUGAAACAAUGGAAUGUGACACCAAUCAAUUUAUAUAAUUGGUACUCACCAUUGAAUAUUAUUGAAAACUAUCAUCAAUAUCUUCUUCAAACAAUUCCGAAUAACUUAACAACCACUGAAAAUAUGUAUUAUAAUUGUACACAUCCAUGGUUUGGAAGAUAUUGUGAAUAUAAACUGGAUGAUGAAAUGCAAUUUUUUCCUACGCUGGUUAGCAAUCGAUAUGAAAUGAAAGAAACAACAACAGAUGUUUUAUCAGUUACGAACGGAACAUGUUACAUUCGAUGUCAGGGUCGUCAUACAUGUUUAGAUUGGCGUGAAAUAUGCGAUGGUAUGUACAUGCAGAGAAUAUUGUGCAAUAAAACAUCUCACGAGGUGAUUAAACGUUUUUUGCUCGGAAUCUAG